AUGAAACUCAAGAAGCUAACGAAGAAGAAGGAGCAACAGCAGCAGAGAGAAGUAAAUCAAACGAUCACUGUUAUUACCGUAACGACUGCCCGACAAAUCAAAGUAUGUACGGUUCGUCAUCUACUGUAUUCAAGAAGACACACAGUGGCCUGUGCCGGAGUUCGGAAAGCAAUUGAUGCCAAUUAUCCAGCCCGCACAAAUAAUCUCGGUAUCCUCAAUAGGACACUCUGCGGAAGAACUGCACCGGUUCGUUACAAUUCCCCGAUCGAGGUGUUGACUGAUGAUGAAAAGUUGCCCCAUCAUCCAGCAGGUCUUAAUUUAAACGAUGAUCGAUCUCCAAGUCCAAGUCCAAGUCCAAGUCCAAGUCCAAGUCCAAGUCCAAGUCCAAGUCCAAGUCCAAGUCCAAGUCCAAGUCCAAGUCCAAGUCCAAGUCCAAGUCCAAGUCCAAGUCCAAGUCCAAGUCCAAGUCCAAGUCCAAGUCCAAGUCCAAGUCCAAGUCCAAGUCCAAGUCCAAGUCCAAGUCCAAGUCCAAGUCCAAGUCCAAGUCCAAGUCCAAGUCCAAGUCCAAGUCCAAGUCCAAGUCCAAGUCCAAGUCCAAGUCCAAGUCCAAGUCCAAGUCCAAGUCCAAGUCCAAGUCCAAGUCCAAGUCCAAGUCCAAGUCCAAGUCCAAGUCCAAGUCCAAGUCCAAGUCCAAGUCCAAGUCCAAGUCCAAGUCCAAGUCCAAGUCCAAAUCCAAGUCCAAGUCCAAGUCCAAGUCCAAGUCCAAGUCCAAAUCCAAGUCCACAAUCACGUCGCAGUUCUAGUCCAAGUCAAAAUUCAAGUACUAGUCAAAGUCUAAUUCUAAAUAUAAAUCCAAUUCCAAGCACAAGUCAGAUUUCAAGUUCAAAUCCAAGUAAGAGUCCAAGUUGA